ACCUUUGCAUCCUUGUGCUCUACUCAGUCAGUUUUUAACAAACUCAUAAUUUUAUUACAAAUAAACAUUCAUUAUCCUUGAUAAGGGUUUAAGAUUGGUGAAGGGCCCAUCUGAUUCAAUGAGCUUCAAACUGUGAUUUUAAGAAUUCAUCACUGCUAGGUUAGCAUAAAAUGUGCAGCAUGGCUAAUAAUGUGUAUGCCUGUAACACUGUUAUUAUCUGAUUUGACCUCAACAGGAAGUUAAUCUGUGGGAAAAAGGAACAAAAACCACAGACGAUGAAGGUGUGGCGCCUGAGAGAUGAUAACCCUCUGGGAUUGGAGUUUAAGGAUGGAUUUAGGAUGGAUCAGAUGGAGAUCGAUGACAGCGUAUACAUGAAGAAGAACAUCACCAUGGAAGGCCUCGUUACCAGUGUGGAUCUUCAGAGAAGAAAAUCCCCCUCCAGAUGUGUUUCUGUGUGUCUUGGAUUACUGUGUUCUGUCCUGUUGGCUGGAAACGUAGGACAAAUCGUCUACUAUAAUAUAUUCAGCCAUCCGCUCUCCUCUGACCAGAUGCAGGCUGCUCUCAGCACUGGAGCAGAUCAGCUGCAGAGCAGCACUGAAGCUUUAACUGCAGAAAGGAAACAGUUAGAGGCCAGACUGAGUAACCUGACUACAGAACAAGAUCAGCUUCAGCAAAGCUACAACACCUUAAGACAAGAACAAGUAGAGCUACAGAAGAGUAAUGACGACCUGCAGAGAGACAAGGCUGAGUUACAGUCUAAUUUCUCUUCAGUGACGAUUGACAGGGAUGAGCUGCAAAUCCGCUACACAAAUGUGACUCUAAGUAAAAAUCAACUUCAGAACAGACACAAUUCACUGAGGACUGACAAAGAAGCACUGAAGAAUGGUUAUGAUGCUCUGAAGAGGGAACAAGAGCAACUACAGACCAAUUACAGCAGUUUGGAAACAGAUAGGGAAGAGUUAGAGAAGAAGAGCGACAAAGUAAGAGUUGACCUGACUAAAGAGAGAGACCAGCUACAGCAAAGCUACAACACCUUAAGACAAGAGAGGGAUCAGUUACAGACAAACAUGCAGAGGAAUUAUGACAACCUGCAAAGAGAGAAGAAUGAGUUACAGACAAAGUUUACCACGAUGAGAACUAACAGAGAUGAGUUACAGAGGAGUUACUCCUCACUGAGGAGUGAAAAGGACCAGCUGCAAGUAAGCCACAGAAAUCUGACUGCAGGUGAAAGUCAACUUCAGAGCAGAUUCAAUGUACUGAGGGCGGACAAGGAAGCUCUGCAAACACGUUAUAACACUGUGCAGAGGGAAAAAGAGCAGCUGAGGACUGAUUACAGCAGUUUGACCACAGCUAAAGAUCAGUUAGAGAAGAAGAGCGACAAAGUAAGAGUUGACCUGACUAAAGAGAAAGACCAGCUACAGCAAAGCUACAACACCUUAAGACAAGAGAAGGUUCAGUUACAGACAAACAUGCAGAGGAAUUAUGACAACCUGCAAAGAGAGAAGAAUGAGUUACAGACAAAGUUUACCACGAUGAGAACCAACAGAGAUGAGUUACAGAGGAGUUACUCCUCACUGAGGAGUGAAAAGGACCAGCUGCAAACAAGCAAAGAGGCUCUUCAAACACGUUAUAACACUCUGCAGAGAGAAAAGGAGCAGCUCAAGCAAACAAUCAACACUUUAAAUGCCCAAUCCUGUGAGACAGGCUGGAAGAAGUUUGGUGACAGCUGUUACUAUGUAUCAACUGGAAAGAGGUCAUGGAGUUUGAGCAGGAACGACUGCACUAACAGGGGAGCUGACCUGGCCGUCAUAAACAGCAGGAGUGAAUGGGAUUUUCUUAAAGGGCUGAGUUCAGGAGCAAACACCUGGAUUGGUCUGACUGAUAGUGUUCGAGAGGGGACUUGGAUGUGGGUGGAUGGGACCCCUGUGACCACUACGUACUGGGCGGACGGUCAGCCCAACAACUUCGGAUGGUACCAGGACUGUGGACAAAUGGGGGAGAGGGGAGAGUGGAACGAUAAAUUAUGUUCUGCUCAAAACAUCUAUAUCUGUGAAAAAUGAGACAUAUAUUAUGAAGCAUGUAGAGGAAACCUUACAAAGAUGAGUUUUAUGUUUCAAUCAGUCAAUUUCUUUGUGCUACUAAUUUGAAGCAAAUAAACUUUGAUCAAAAUAUUGCUUAAGAUUUAAUCAUUUACUAUCUAACUGACUUUUAGCAACAAAUAUAACUGAGUAUCGACUUGCUUUAAUAAAAACAGAUUUUCACAUAACUGGUGAGUAGCUCUCCUUUCAGCUCUGGCAUGGCCUCAGUUACCAUCUGUGUGAUUCAUUAUUACACCUAGAAAUCAAUUACAUGUAUAGUAUUUUUACAGAGUAAUAUGUAAAUGCUUUGAUUCAAAAAAGUGUGAAUGGUUUUAAUAAUUCAGUGUACCAAACUGGUAUUAGAUGAUCUUGCACAAAUGUAUUUCUGUCUCUAUCUCCAAUGAGAA